CGGUCACUGGGUUCACAGUCAGGUACAUGUCAUUCUUUAGCUGCUCGAAGAGAAUACUUUCCUGGCGGUGGACUUUAAAUCACAAUCUCGCAUUGAAAGGGAAAUUGUUACUUUCUUCCUAUGCCUUAAACUUAUGUUGCAAGCACUCACAUUUUAAGUUUUUCUGCACGAGCUUUGAAAAGGAACUUGGUGAUUUCAAGAUGGCGAGUGGAAACGUCACUUUGGAAACCCUCAAUUUCGACAAUCUGGCGUUGAGAACGCUACCCAUAGACAAGGAAACCAAAAACUAUGUACGACAGGUAUCUGGAGCUUGUUUUUCGCGUGUUGAACCUGCUCCUGUGGAAAAUGCAAGAACAGUUGCAUAUUCUUCUCAAGCAAUGUCUCUCCUUGAUUUACCCCAAGAGGAGUUGGAACGCGACGAAUUCCCCGAGUAUUUCAGUGGCAAUAAACUUUUACCUGGUGCGGAACCCUCAGCACAUUGCUACUGUGGUCAUCAGUUCGGUUAUUUUUCUGGUCAGCUUGGAGAUGGGGCUGCCAUGUAAGCUCAAGAUAAGAUGAUGUAAUAGAUUCCCCAGUGGGGGGGGGAGGGGGAGGGAAAUGGGUACUAUACAUGUAUCACCCCAAAUACCUAUGCAUGAACCGCCAAAAGGGAUCAUGAGUUUCAAAUGGAUUAUAGUGUUUCAUAUGCACAACAGUUCCCUAAAUCAGUUGCAAAAUAAAAUAUUUAAUUAAAGUAGGGCAUCAAAGCUGGUCUAUUUCUAGAAUGUGAUAAAUCAUUUUCACUCAUGUGGGCAGAAAAGGAAAAGUUAACAAUCCCACACAGGAAUUUUUUGGUACAUUAACAUGGCUGGCAUUCCAUUUUUGUGGUCUACUAGUAUGUCCACUGUGAUGUCAUGUGACAAUGAUCUACACUAUUUUGAAUGGAAACUCUUUCUAAAAUUGUCUCCACAUUCUUAGGCUUGAGCAGAACAUAACCACUCAAGACAAUUUAGUCAUGUGCAACACAACUUAAAAAACUGGUUUGUGCAAUAACAACUGUGGGCUCAGAAAUUUCCAGCAUGCUGUCUAAACAAGACACAAGCGUAUCACAUUAAUUGAAACCGGUUUGAAAAUAAGUAAGUUUUGGCCACAAAAGUGGUCAGCAGCUACUUGAAAGAACAUAUCGGAGACCAGCAGAGGUCUCCCUUUUUCCUCACCAUCUUCUCUUGCUGGGAGAAACCUCUGCUAGCAGGGAAGCCAUGUGGUUAGUUAGCUUUUGUGUAGCCAUACCCUCACCCUGUUGUUUUCUCCCUGGAGGUAGUUUAUGGCUAGACAUAGGUUAGGGGUAAGAAAUAUACUGUUAUACCCAGGAUAAAAUUAAUAUUACACAGUAUACCCCAAAUUUCCCCACUUUUUUUCUCAGUAUAUCCAAGCUUUCAGGAGACAUCAUACUGCAAAUCAUUCAUUAUUUACCAGAUGAAAGAUAGAGUACCUUAUACCCAAAACACCCACCUCAUGCUGAUCCAAGAUCAACCAAAGUACUUCACAACUAAACAGUUUGCUAUUUAACCAACCAGGAUUUCUUCCAUUACAAAAAUAAUGCCGCAUUAUCAAAUUUGUAAAAUUUCUACAUUUGUGUUUUAUUGACCUAUUUUCACACCAAUCGGAAGCAGUAUACAGUAUUAAAUUGCUUCUGGAACUGGUUUUGGAAGAGGAAGUCCACAGAAACUCUCCACUUUUUCUUGACAACUUUGUGAUAACCACUCUUGCAAAUAACUGGUCCCAAUUAGCGCCUUGAGGAACUCUGAGUACACCAACUGCCAUAGUGUGACCAUUUCUCUCUAUCAAUGCUUUAGCAAUAUUGUUGUUGUAAACUUCAGGUAAAAAAUUAUUAUUGAUAUACAAAGUUUUUUUUAUUGAAUUUUGGGUGGGUGUGCAGUUUUGAAAUGGUUGCCUAUAUUUGGUGCCUGUUUCAUAUCAACUAUAUUUUAAUAUUGUUGCAUGCUGAAAGAAUAAGUUGUCAUUUGUUUGAUUGCCUGUUGCAGGUAUCUUGGUGAGGUAGUCAAUAAGAAAGGCGAGCGAUGGGAAAUACAGUUCAAAGGUGCUGGUUUAACACCUUAUUCAAGGCACGCAGAUGGCCGAAAAGUUUUACGGUCAAGCAUUAGGGAAUUCCUCUGCAGUGAGGUGACUAGUUAUACAUUAUUAUUGGGUUUUUAUGCCCAAAACACUGUACACAUGAAGCAGUUUUGCUGCUAAGUUAUCAAGGGUGUAUGUUUUGAGGAUACUAGAGCAAACCAAGCACAUCUUUUUUUUGAGCUUUUAUUUGAGAAGGCCAGAUUAUUGAGAUUUGCCCUGAAUGUUGUUUUUGUUGUUGUUUUUUUUCCCAAGAUCCGAAGACCCAGGUCAAAUUUGAUUGCAGGUUUAUUUUGAUUUAACCUUUGUUGAUUCUUACCCCCGGCUCAGACGCUGAUUUUUUUAUGAGCCAAGCCUAAUUCAAAUAAGGUCGACCCAGAUUAUUUAGAGCGGCUGUUCUGAUUCAGACACCGAUCUUAAUUCUAGCCGAACUAAAUUCAAAAGGAUAAAAUGCUGAUUCCGGUUGAACUGCUUACAAAAUACGUCAUAAUAAUGUGUAUUCACUAGGUCCGGCACAUGAAAAGUUCGUCGUCUGAAUCAAAGGCAUUCCAGAGUCACUCCAAAGGCGAAAUUCCCAGCCAUGCUAGGCGGGAAGGCGGGAAUUAGGUAUUCCUAAUUGAUUCAGAUGCCAAACUUUUCAUGAACCUAAUUCAAUGUGUUAGGUUUGACUCACAAAAAGUUCGGCCUCUGAACUGGGCCUCAGUUUCCUUUGUCUCCCAGCCAUAGGAGACAAAGGAAAUGAAGAAUCAGCCUGGGUUAAAAACUUUUAGCCUGUGAUAUGAUAAUACAUAGUCAGUAGUGCAAUAACUAAUAAAACCUGCGUUUAUGAUUUAUAGGCCAUGCACUUUCUUGGAGUCCCAACCACACGAGGUAAGUGACAUAAUCAUGUAGAUAGGUAGAUAGAUAGAUAGAUAGAUAGAUAAGAACUUUAUUUUAGCACGAUAAAAAGAUCAGCAUUGCUGGUGGGGUCGUGCAUACUAACAACAUUAUUACAAGAAAAAUAAGAAGUACUAGAAGCAAAUGUACAAUUAAACAUUAAACUGUUAAAAGUAUUCGUAACCGAUAUCUCUAUUUUUAGUAGUAGCUAAGAUUGGUUCGAAAUGCAUUUUAUCGGUAUCAAAUUUCACAAGACAGUGUUUAAAUUCUUUUAAGGUUUUAGCCCUUGUUUCCUUGUUUGUUAAAGUGUUCCAUGUGAUUGCUCCUCUAAAGGGUAUGGAGUGCCUAAUAAAAUUAAUUUUGUUUCUGGUCUUGGAAGAAUGAUGUUGUCAUUACUUCUGCGGCCUGAACUCCUCUGUAAAAACAAAUCUUUAAAUUCCAUGAUGGUCAAGGAGUACAAAAAUAUCAGUUAAAUACCUGCCAUACUCUUUCAACCCUACCCAUUUCUGUUAAGCUUCCUUUAAGUUGACCAUGGUGUUAAUCCUUUCAAUUUCUUUUCCUUCAGCGGGCAGUUGUGUGACUUCAGAUACAAGAAUCAUCAGAGAUAUUUUUUAUGAUGGGAAUCCCAUAAGAGAAAAAUGUACCAUCAUACUGAGGAUCGCUCCAACAUUCAUCAGGUGACUACAAGUUUCUGAGUAGUAUGGUAAAUGAUCGAUUAGUGUCGCAGUACUAAUAUUUCAUUUUCCCUGUUAUGGGUGCAGUGCUUAUAAAAGAGUGGUGCUUAUUUUAACUACUGGUAAAAUGCUAAGGGGAAUAUAGAGAGAAUAAAGUAAGGCGCGUACUUGGUAUGCACAAUUUAAUAUGAAAAUGUACUCCUCGAACUGUCAUAUGAACCCAGUUUUAUGAGUUUCCCUGCAUUAAAACUUUCAAAUUCAAGAGUUGGUCAAGGUCUUAUUUCUCAAGCAAUAUAGUUUUGAUAUCUUUUUAUAUCAAGCACUCAACAAAGGUGGAGCAUUAAUUUGUAAAUAGAUUAUCGAUCAUUAAUGGUACACUGCAUUCAAAUUAUAUUACUGUUUUCCUGUGUACAGUAGUGUAGGCUAAUAAUAGAACUUACAAAGUGUCUUUUUUUUAACUAACCUGAGAAAACAGCCAGCAUUUUUCAGUGCCACCACUGGUUUCCCCACAAAUUGACAUCUGAGAAAUGAGCAUAGAAAUUCCAUGCUGGUUACUACUGAGAUCUUGGGAGUGCUUCUGAUUGGUCGUGCCAUGUGGGAUAUUUGCCUCAACCAAUCAGAAGCACCACUUAGGUCUAGGUAGUGACGUGUCAUCAAUAUGGAAUUUUUGCACUCAUCCCUAAGACAUCAUUGGGAGGAGAGAAUCCAGUGUUGGUAUUGUAAAAUAUCAGCUGUUUUUUUUAAGGCUUUUUUUUUACCUGUCUUCUAUUCUGUGCUUUGUUCAAAGGUUUGGCUCCUUUGAAAUAUUUAAACCCACUGACCCUAUGACUGGACGGAGAGGACCAAGUGAAGGACGCACAGAUAUUUUGAGCCAGCUUCUUGACUAUACUGUAAAGACAUUUUUCCCAGAGGUAAUGUCAAUUUUCUAGGUUAAAAUGGUUUCACCUUAGCUUAAGUUUAAAGUUUAAUAGUGCUUUUCCAACCAUGCAAUAAAAAUAUUAAAAAGCUAUGGUAAAAGAUGGCGGAAUAGCGGCAGGGGGAAACUGAAUUCUCAUUCUAGGGCUACUCUCCUUUCAUAUACAUGAACACAUUUAAAAAAACUUAGGCUAAUAUAUUACAAAGAUUUAAGAAAUGGUAAACGUGCAGCAUGCAACCAUGGAGUUAUGGAUGCACGCAGGAGGUUGCUAAGCACGAAAGAAGCGUAAGAGUCGCACAAGGCGAUAGCCGAGUGCGACUCUAGCUUCUUGAGUGCUUAGCAAACCUCCCAAGUGCAUCCAUAACUCCAUGGUUGCACAGCUGCAACGUUUACCAUUUCUUUUAUAACAUAAUCAGAAGAGAAAAACAUUAUUUUCCAUUUGCCUUCGGUUGAGUCAUCGGUACGAGUUCAUGUAUGCUGCCAUCUGCCCGCGCGUAAACAAAUCAUGUUCUAUGUUUUUCAAAAACUUGCCUUUGAGUUUUUCUUUCGCUGAAUCAACCGCUCUCCAUCUUCAGGUAAAUUGCAAAACGUUUUUUGUUGUUAUUCUGAAUGGCAUCUGUCUACUUUCUCUUAAUAUUAGGGUAAAAACUUUGAGGGAAAACUAUAGCUGCAACUAUAAACACCAGCUAAAGAGACCCAAAAAAUAAGCUAAAACUAAAUAAAUGAAAUAAUUAUCAAGCUUAUUUAUGUGACAAUUUUUGAAAUAAACAUAAAGUAGAAAUGAGAAAAUUUGACUGUAAUUCCUUUAGAAUAACAGGUAACACUAAUUUUAAAAAGAAAUUAACUAGCUUUGUAUCGAAAUCUGUCUGGGGAAAUCCAGCUAUAAAAGUCAAACUUGCAACUGAAAUUCGCCGACACACAGCCGGCGCUGAAGCUGUUAUUUUUCGACCGUUCUCUGAACGACUGUUAUGAAUGAACACUGAGGAACAAAAUAAUACACACAGAAGUUAUUUUUUGAAAAAUUUAUUUGAAAACCCAAAUGUUUCUGUACUCAAAUGAAAUUCGCUUAUUCCGGCGUAUUGUGCCCGUUUAAACUCAACUAAAAUUUUUACUCGACACGAUGAAAACUUCACAACAAAGCUGUCUCGAAUUUGAGCGUGUUUCCUAAAAUAUUUGCUUGAAUUUAGCAUUAGCUUGACCAAAAAGUCAAUAACACAAUGCUAAUUGGUAAAUUUACAUUUCAAACAGACUUUCUCUUCUACAAAACACACGCAAAAUGUACCUUAAAUCUUCGCUCGCUCGAUUAUCCUUCAGCCGAUUCUAGCCGCGAGGAAAACAGUGAUUAAUUCAUCCAGGGCAAAUUUGUCGCUUGAUCUUUUGUCUUUUUUUCCUUCAAAACGACAGCUUAGUAUUUUCUUCAACUUCCACUUUUCAUCUGUACAUUUCAUCGGUGUAUUUUACCGUCAGGAGAGGAGAUUUGUUGAAUUUGCCUAAAUUUUACCGCGCUAGCUCAGUUUCUUGGCGUGCACCCACGGGCAAAUGGUAGUGGCUAACUGACCAAUCAGAGCGCGCGAUUUACUUUUGUUAUGUUAUAAAACAAGAUAAAUCUAUUUACAAGACAACAUAAGAAAUAUAAUAAUAAUAAUGACAUAAAAUAAAAUCAAUGAAAAUAUAACAUGUAGAGGGUAUGACUAUUACAGAAAUCUGUUAAAGGAGACUUUGAAAGAAUUAAGGCUAGUUUCACAGAUAACAUUAGACAAGAGAGAAUUCCAAUCACCGACGUCACGAUUAAAAAAGAAUAUGUAAAAUAAUUAUUACGAGAGGGCUGUGGCCUUAGCUUAAAAUCAUGGUACCUACGAGUCUGUGAUGGACCAAUGGUGCCAUAAAAUUUGGAGGCAUCCAGAUUGAUACGGAGGUCAUAAUGCCAGUCACUGGUGUCAUCAUUGCAUCAUUACUGUCACUCUUGGAACUAUCAUCACUGAAAUGACUUUAUUUAUCAUGCUCAUUGUGUUUACUAUUAAUUACCACACUGUCAUCAUCAUGCUUUUGUUACUGCCCUUGUAACUUGUCAUUGUUGUUACUGUCAUAAUUCUCAUCACCAUCAUCAUCAUAAUCAACACCAUUAUUGUCAUCAUCAUCUUCAUUGUCAUCAUUACAUGGUUCUUCUCAGACUGUGUAUCUGGUAGUUUAAAGCCAGAAAUGACUUUCGUUGUUCUCAGUUCAUGAAUAAUAUUUAGCUUUGUUUUCCUUUUCUUGCUAUUCUAAGGUCAUCACAGAGAGUAAAGAAGAGACUUACCUGGCAUUUUUUAAAGAAGUAAUAAGACUUACUGCAAAGGUGGUGUCCUUGUGGCAGUGUGUUGGGUUUUGUCAUGGGUAAGUGGCUAAAAAUGUCAGGCCUGUGCUCUAGCAGCAGCCAGUGACACCAGGCAACCUACCUUUUCUUACUGGGACCCCAAGCAUCUUUCUUAGAGCAAAAUCUUAAUGGUACUGAAGUGAAGAAUGACGAUCCAGGGGCUUUGUUGAAAUUUGUGGGAAUCACAGAUAAAGGUGUGCUUUAUGAGGCUAGGUGUCGUGACAAGCUGCCCAACUAAUAGAGCAGUGGGUAUCAUUUCCUUGCUGCUAGAUCCCCUGGAAAAAAGCCAUGGUGAGAGCCAAAUGGAAAUUGCAGUCACCACAAAAUAAUACUUUAAUUUAUAUCUUCUACCCACAAACUCAGAUUAGGAUGUGCUUUCCUUUCCUUCAGUGAAUGCGAUGAUUAUAAACUUCAUAAAAUUUUCAUUUAUUUUCUUCCUGCAGUGUGCUAAACACAGACAAUAUGAGUAUUCUGGGCCUGACAAUUGACUAUGGACCAUUUGGUUUCCUGGAUCACUACGAUCCUAACCAUAUCUGCAAUGCCUCAGGUAAAAAAAAAACAUCAUAUAU